AUGACAUCUGGUAGCUCUCCUGCUCUCCUGCUCUCUCUAAUUGCUGUUACUCUACUGACAAGAUGUGGCUGCACGGACAUUAUCAGAGGACAUGAAGUGCGUCCCCAUUCCUGGCCUUAUAUGGCUGCUAUCCUGAGGGAGCAUGUACGUGUUAUUUGUGGAGGAGCUCUUGUGGAAAAACAAUGGGUUUUGACAGCAGCGCAUUGUGGAAUAAAUGAAUUAGAAGACAGAGUUAUUCUUGGAGCUCAUCGGGCAUCUGUUGCUGAAAAAGAACAGCAGAUAUUUAAGAUUAUGUGUUUCUUUCGUUUUCCUCGCUUCAACUGGUAUUCUGGGGAUAAUGAUAUAAUGCUCCUUAAGCUGAAUUAUACUGCAAAGCUGAAUAAGUAUGUGCRACUUUUGCCUCUGCCUGAUUCUUCUGAAGAUGUUGAACCUGGAACACUCUGCCAGGUGGCUGGCUGGGGAGACACAUCAUCAGGAAUGCCAUCGGAACAUCUCCAGGAGGCAACUCUUAAAAUUGUCAAUAGAAGAAGCUGUGACAAAAAAUAUAACAACGACCCCAAAAUAACCAACAACAUGUUAUGUGCUAUAGGGAAAAGUAGAUUUUUUUUUCGUCCAAGCGAUACUUGCCAGGGAGAUUCGGGUGGGCCAUUAAUCUGUGCUGGUCAGUACCGUGGGAUUGUUUCUUUUGGAAAMAAAAAAUGUGGAAAGCGUGGCRUACCUGGAGUYUAUACACRGCUGACUGAAAAGUAUGUUGACUGGAUAAAAAGAACAAUUUCCAGUAACAGAGAUCCAUGAAACAGUCAAGAUCACUUUAAUAAAUAUUGUCUGUGCAUUAGAGCUUCAUGCUGCUGCUUUAGUGCACYGCCUUUGAAAUGUACCUCCCAGCUUUACAACUUUGCUAACACCACCACAGCUUUAUGAGAACAGUUCAAAAUAACCACCUUUGUAGAAAUAACACCCUUACUAAUCUUA